AUGUCCAUGUUAUCUACCCUCCUCUUGCUUGCAGCAGCCGCCUUGAUUGCAUGGGUGGGCUCGCUACAGCGACGCAAGAACACACCUCCUGGUCCCAGACCUCUCCCCUUGAUCGGGAACCUGCUCGACUUCAGCUUCCAGCGACUCUGGCUCCGCGCCACAGCCUGGGCGGAUCAGUAUGGGGAUGUCGUAUACCUGAAUCUGUUCGGCCGGGGCGUCCUCUUCCUCAACACGCUCGAUGCCGCUGCCGAUCUUCUCGAGAAGCGCGGACCGAUCUACUCGGACAAGCCGCGCAUGGUCAUGUGUGCCGAACUGUGCGGCUGUGAGAACAUCAUCGCGUUCGCGCGGUACGGUGACGGCUUUCGCCGCCUGCGGCGGCUGAUGCAGAGUGCGCUCGGGUCUGGGAACAUACCGAGCUACCGCCCGCUGCUGCAGGCGGAGACGUACGCGUUUCUGCAGCGGCUGAUCGACACCCCGGAGAACUACAUGAACCACAUCAAGAGGUUCUCGGGCAGCCAGACGCUGUCGAUUGUGUAUGGCUACCGGGUCACAACGGAUGACGAUCCCCAGCUGAAGAGGGCCGAGGAGACGCUCGAUCUGCUCGGGAACCACAUCGCGUCUGCGGGUGCGGGCGUGUGGUUGGUGGACGUCCUCCCUUUCCUCAAGUACGUACCUUCGUGGCUGCCCGGAGCCGGGUUCAAACGUAAAGCCGCCGCAUGGAAAGCGGUGAUCGAGCGCGGUGCCGACGAGCCGUUCCAGUGGGUCAAGAACAGCAUGAAAACGGGCAAUGCGGCGAUGUGCUACUGCACAAUGCUCAUGGGCAAGGAUACCGUCGACGAGAAGCGCGAAUACGACAUCAAGUGGACAGCGAACGCCAUGUACAUAGCAAGCAUCGACACAUUCCUGACCACCAUGAGCCACUUCAUCCUCGCGAUGGUGAAGUACCCGGCGGCGAUGCGCAAGGCGCAGGCGGAGAUCGACGCGCUCACGGGCGGGCGACGCCUCCCCACCCCGGACGACCGCGCCGCGCUGCCGUACGUCGAGGCCGUCUUGCGCGAGUGUCUGCGCUGGACCGCCCCAGUGCCGCUUGGGCUUCCGCAUCGCCUCAUGGAGGACGAUGUGUACCAGGGGCGGACGAUCCCUGAGGGGACGCUGAUCUUUGCCAACAUUUGGAGGAUGACCCGUGAUCCGGCGGUGUUCGUAGAUCCCGAAGCGUUCAUCCCCGAGCGGUAUCUGGAGGCCGUAGACGACGCGAUUGCGAAGAAGCGCGACCCUUGGAGCUACGUCUUCGGCUUCGGACGCAGGAAAUGCCCAGGCUCUCACCUCGCCGACGCGUCUCUCUGGCUCGUCAUGGCGUGCAUGCUCGCGACGCUCGACUUCGAGAAGGCCACGGACGCCUCGGGAAGCACCAUCGAGCCGCAGCAGGAGUACAACAACGCGACGUUCAGGAUACCCGAGCAGUUCCCGUGCAAGAUCAGCCCGCGGUCCGAGCACGUCAUGCAGCUCAUCCAGGAGGCCGCCGUUGCUGCGUAGGCCCUCGGGGGGAUUGCUCAGCUGAGGCCUGGGGGUGGGAAGCGUGCUGCUGGAUGCGGCGUGCAGCUAUCUCGAGCGCGUUUUUUGAGCGCGCAGCUCACCGUGUCGCCUCUUUGGCGGCUGGCCUUUCUUGAAUACCGACAUGCGCGGCGUGCGAGAAAUAUGUCUCACUAAUCGAUGGCGAUGUGCCAUAGUAGAUAGUCCACCAUUCGAUUCGAUAUCGUUGGCCAUCCUCUCCUUUGCGAACGCACUCUCUAUCGUCUACAGCCACACUCCUUAGGAUAUCUCCCUUGUUAGUUCUUUAUGAAUAUCUUCCACC